GCCCUGCCCUAUGAGGUCAUAUGUUCUCAGUCAUUCAUCCAUAAUAUAUAUAUAUAUAUAUAUAUAUAUAUAUAUAUAUAUAUAUACAGUAUAUAAUUUAUCAGAUCACUUGCAUUCGUCAGUCACAUUUGAACAAUCUUUGGGAUGCUUCUGUUACUUUACACACUCACACUUUUCAAUCACUUUUAUACAAAGGCAGAAAACACACUUUGCCAAAUGAUGGGAGAUCCGAAGUACCCACUACUUUCCAAGGAUGGUGAAGCAACAAUUGGAGGAAUUUUUGCAAUGCACAGUAAAGAAACAUUACCUUUAUUUGAGUUUACACAAAAACCUCAGCCUCUAUCAUGCUCCAGUGUGAAUCUACCAGAUUUUCGGCUGGCUCAAAUAAUGAUCUUUACAAUUGAAGAGAUUAAUAGAAGUGAGAUGUUGCUCCCAAAUGUUUCUAUCGGUUACCGAAUAUAUGAUACCUGUAGUUCAAGAAUAUCUUCUAUGAGUGCAACUAUGGGCUUGAUGAAUGGUCCGGAGUUUGCAGCAGGGGAGACAUGCAAUGGACAGUCUCCUAUACAUGCUAUCAUAGGAGAAACAGAGUCUUCUGCCACAGUGAUUCUGUCCAGAACUACAGGACCUUUUAAAAUUCCAGUGAUAAGUCACACAGCCUCAUGUGAAUGCCUCAGUAAUAGGAAAGAUCACCCCUCAUUUUUCAGGACUAUUUCUAGUGAUUACCACCAGAGCAGAGCACUUGCAUACAUUGUCAAGCACUUAGGCUGGUCUUGGGUGGGAGCUGUGAACAGUGACAAUGACUAUGGAAAUUAUGGAAUGGCCAUAUUUCUGAAUACAGCACAGAAAGAGGGGAUUUGUGUAGAGUACUCAGAGAAAUUCUAUCGAACAGAGCCAGAAAAACUCAAAAAAGUGGUAGAAACAAUAAAAAAAGGCACCGCAAAAGUGAUUGUUGCAUUUGUUUCAUUUAUUGAGAUGGGCUUACUUAUUGAUCAGUUAAGUUUUCAGAAUAUUACAGGUCUCCAAAUAAUUGGAGUGGAAGGAUGGAUAACAUCAAAGAGUUUAAUCACUCCAAAGAGUUUUCAGGUGAUGGGAGGGUCAUUGGGGUUUGCAUUAAGAAAAAUUAACUUGGAAGGGUUUUCCAGUUAUGUUGUAAAAGCAUUUUGGGACACAGCUUUUCCAUGCUCACAGAUUCAGGGGAAUUAUUCUCAAUAUGCAGUAAAUUGCAGCAGAUACCAAGAUUUACUUGCACUGAAAAACUACAAUGAAGAUGUGCCUGAACAAAGAUAUUCAAGCCAUGUCUACAAAGCAGUUUAUGCUGUGGCUCAUUCACUACACAGUCUACUAAAGUGCAAAGAACAAGAAGGUUGUGAGAAAGGCCUGACAAUACAACCACAGCAGGUGGUUGAGGCGCUGAAAAAAGUAAAUUUUACCGUGAAGUUCGGAGAUCGUGUGUGGUUUGACAGCACUGGUGCUGCAGUAGCCCAAUAUGAAGUUGUGAACUGGCAGCAGGACUCUGAUGGAUCAUUACAAUUUAAAUCAGUGGGAUACUAUGAUGCCUCACUGCCCCCUGACCAGCGUUUUGUGCUCAAUACUAAAAACAUAAUCUGGGCUGGAGGACAGCUGGAGAAGCCAAGGUCAGUGUGCAGUGAAAGCUGUCUUCCAGGAACUAGGAAGGCUGCACAAAAAGGAAGACCUGUCUGCUGCUAUGACUGUAUUCCAUGCGCAGAAGGAGAAAUCAGUAAUGAGACAGAUUCAAAUAACUGCAAGCAGUGUCCAGGGGAAUACUGGUCUAAUGCUGAGAAAAAUAAAUGUGUGUUAAAAGCUGUAGAGUUUCUGUCAUUCACAGAAGUUAUGGGUAUAGUGCUAGUCUUUUUCUCACUCUUUGGAGCAGGAUUAACUGUGCUGGUGGCCAUCCUGUUUUACAGAACUAGGGACACCCCCAUAGUAAAAGCCAACAACUCAGAACUGAGCUUUCUGCUACUCUUCUCAUUAACUCUUUGUUUUCUCUGUUCACUUACUUUCAUUGGUCAGCCCAAUGAGUGGUCAUGUAUGUUGCGUCACACAGCGUUUGGGAUCACUUUUGUCCUCUGUAUCUCCUGUGUUCUGGGGAAAACAAUAGUGGUGUUAAUGGCCUUCAAGGCUACACUUCCAGGAAGUAAUGCCAUGAAAUGGUUUGGACCUGUACAACAACGACUCAGUGUUUGUGCCUUCACACUUAUACAGGUUAUUAUAUGUGUGCUAUGGCUAACAAUUUCACCUCCAUUUCCAUACAAAAAUAUAAAAUAUUUUAAAGAAAAGAUAACUCUUGAGUGCAGUCUGGGUUCUACUAUAGGUUUCUGGGCUGUGCUCAGUUAUAUUGGCCUACUGGCUGUCUUGUGCUUCAUUCUAGCUUUUCUGGCUCGCACACUGCCUGAUAAAUUCAAUGAAGCAAAAUUCAUCACAUUCAGUAUGCUGAUAUUCUGUGCUGUAUGGAUCACAUUUAUACCAGCUUAUGUCAGCUCUCCUGGAAAACUUACUGUAGCUGUGGAGAUAUUUGCCAUUUUAGCCUCAAGCUUUGGUUUACUAUUCUGCAUAUUUGCACCUAAAUGUUAUAUCAUCCUGCUUAAGCCUGACCAAAAUACAAAGAAAAAUCUGAUGGGAAAAACAUAUUUUAAGACCUAA